GGUAUGAGGGCGAGGCUUUCUAGGGCUCUAUAUCUCCCAUAUAAUGUGGUGGGGACCUUUACAGUAGCGCGCUCAGAGCAUCACCUUGCAAAACUCAAAUAUGAAUUGCUACCAACGUUAUUAAAAACGUGCGUGGGUUCUGAGGACGCAUACACACGCGCUUGAUACAAAAGAUCCCCGCCGUUCGCGCUACCUUUUCUUUCAUGCGUGUAAUGUUAUGAAUAAAUGAAUUUUAGAAGGUAAACACAUAGUAUU